UGCAUUGAGAAUUGGGAAGUAAAUGUCAAUUUAAGCCAGAAGCAGUGACACACUAAUUGUGCUAUCAUUAAUGCAAUAAUUGGUAAAACGUAACCCUUAAUUAAUUAUGAUGAUAUAUAAUUCUUAAGGAUUAAAACCACAAUGCAGAGAUUGGUGAAUAUGAGGCUGUAGUUGUAGUUGUGUUUAUGUUAGAGGUGAAGUACUUGUGGGCGAUCAUGGUGGUUACUUUAACUCGAGUUGAGGACCACAAUACCAAGUCGCCUUCCGAAACGGCCAUCUCAGCAUCCGUACAAUAGAACAACCAGGGCUCUGUCUAGGUGACCUGGCACCCUAAGGUCUAAAAUUCCUAGUCAGUUCAGUUUGAAGCAUCAUUGAGUGAAGAUAAAUCGGUGUUGACUCCGUGAACUCAGAAGAAAACGGCGUGAUUGGCCGUAAAAAAAAAAAACUUAUAAUUGAUCAGAGAUUAACUUUAGUAUCAGUGCAAGGUUAACUAGAUUCUAGUUCGUCUUUCCCCGAAGUUAGUGGACAGCGGGUCAAUGAAUUAUGGUCAGAUUGUACUACUGUGAAAUAAAUUUGGGUAUAAAUCACUUACAUCGACGUACGUCGCUAUCGGUGACCAUUACCAAUGCGUUUUUGGGGGUUUGGAAUGUGUGAAUUCCCGUAGAGUUUUGCCGAAAGAUGGGUUGGGUUCCCGUAGAGUCUUUGAAUUUUGGCGCGACAGUCCGUAGAAUUUCAAAGAUAGGGGUUUCAUCCAAAGAGUUUAAUUGGUGGGUUUUAAGCGUUUAUUUGUGCUAGUUUUACUUUUUUUUUUUAUCCUUUUCUUCUCAUUUAAGCCUGUUUGACCCCAUAAUUUUCCUGAUAUACUUCAUGCCCUCCCUUGCUAACGGGGCUAACAAAAUCAAGAUCGUCGAUGGAGAAAUUGUACUCGAUUUCUUGAACGAUUCAUUCGCAGAAGAAACAGCGCCGAAAAUCGAUGAAAUCAUUGGAUUUCAUGCAAAAAACGUCAUUUUUUCAACUUAGUCUCUGGGAGGGUGCGUCGCUAUCGGUAAUACUUGCCAAAAUUUGUAAGUUCUUUUUGUACACAGUAUUUAAUAUUAUUCCAUUUUGUCAUUCCUACAGAUAGGACAUUGAACAUAGAAGAGAACCUACACCACAGAGACAUUGGGUUGGCUCAACGAAACAAAAAGCAACUACACUUACAGUAGUGAAAUCACUUGAAGUACAUCGACACUAGAAAUACAAUAUCUAUAAAAGAAGAAUCCAUGAGUAUUGAAUAAUGAUGAUAUACAUGAGAAUGAAAGUAAAUUAAUUCAUUUUAAGGUUUCCAGAAUUAGUGAUGAAUGACGGGGCAGAAUGAUGCUAUGCUGAUCUGAAGUUUUACUGAUCACAAUACGAAAUCGGAACUACCUUUGAUUAAAUUACGAGAUUAAAGUUAUAACGAAGAUUGUUGUUAGGGCUAACUAGAGGCCUAACACACCAUCAUAGCUUAAAACAGAACCAAGUUGCAGAUGUUGCCAACUUACAGAAGGAAUCGACGAAGACCUACAACUAAAAUAUCCACGAUUCCAGUCUGACAGAUCUAAAUUGAUAAUGAAUAAAUGAUAUAAUAACCAAUCCAAAUAUCACUACUUAUAACAGGAGAUAAACGCCUCACCGGUUAGGAAGUACAACAUUACCUGAUCUUAAAAAGAUCCAAAAAGAUAAGUAUAUGAAACGGAGAACAAAAUAGACAAUAAAAGAAAACCUCCAGACAACAAAUGGGAGACUCCAGGAAACAAGACCCAGGGCAUAUAGACAAAAAUCCAAAAACCUAUAAAAGAAGGAUAUAAUAGACAAGUUGAUAAUAGCCUGGAUGAUGAUUAUUAGAAGGGACCCUCGGAUACCUCACUGAGGCAAAAUAAUCUUCAAGGGUCAAGAAAAUACAUUUGGAUCUGUUUAUUGAAAUUCACCUCCAUAGAAAUUGCCCUAAAACCAUUUUCAUAUUACUGAGACCAUGGGGGAAUUCGGAAGAAACAUCAUUAUCCUGAUAUUUGCUGCCGUGUGUAUAUGGAUAACAAAUGGGGAAAUUGGUGGAAAAUGCACUUAUUCCUCUGGUUGUCCAGUGCCAGAAGUCUGUACGGACAACCAUUGUGCCUGCUCAGACAUAAAGUAUUCAGAGUCACUUUACCCACAGUGUGAUUGGGUCUCAUUUUGUCUACAUAAUACUACUUGCUGGGAAAACGCUCAGUGUGUUGACUUUGCGUGUGUGUGUUUAAAGCACUACUACAAGAUAGAAUCUUCCUGUCGCAGAGUGUCAUUUGUGCGAGUGAUGUCAACCUGCAGAGCAAACGAACAUGUAGUAUACUUGUGUGAUAUCAGGAAACAUUCUGUAUGCAUAAAUAAUACUUGUGUUUGUGCUAAGGGUUACAUUCCAACCUCAGAAGGAUCGUGUGAAGCACAGGAAGUGUACAUGAAGAAAUAUAGUCUCUCUGAAUAUCGCGUUAAACCUGGGGAAUACUGCAGAGAAUCCGCAGAUUGUAUUGAAGGACUUGAGUGUCAGGGAUUUCAGUGCAAGUGUCCAACUGCUUGUAGGUAUGACCAAAGAAAAGAAAUUUGCGAUUGUGGAAAGGCGGCAAUACAGGUGGGACCAAUUUAUCUUGGGGUCUUUCUUGGCUUGCUUGUCCUUUUAUUCUGGUACUAUACAAUCGAGAGAACCAUAAAGAAUCACAAGAAAAUGAUGAGCCAGUUUUCAUCUCUCUCAGCUGCUGAUGAUGGAUAUGUGCCAACUUCAUAUCCACUCUCACCUGUCCAUUCCUCCAUCCAAACGGAAACAACAGCUGAUGGCACUGCAUCACCGGCCAGCAGAACAGCUGGCACUCCAAUUCAUGAAGGCACUGGCACCUCUCAAACCUACUCCAUAAAUCCCCGAACAGCACCAAACUAUCCUGUAAACCCAGAAUCAGAUAAGCCUCCAUCAUAUGUAGAUGUUAUUUCUUCACCAUUGUAUAGCCGCAUGGCUGGAGUAGCCACCCCUGAUCCAGCAAGCCAGCCUCUUACCUUUGAAGACCACAUUCCCGAAGUUCCUCACCUAUACCACAUCAUAGUAGUCCCUCAGGAACACCAUAUCCUGUUAGUAGUCCCUUAG